CUCAGCUGGGCAGUGUUUACAGCCCGAACGCGCCGGCCUGGGCUGAUCCGAGCAGAGCCGAGCUGAGCCGAGCCGAACCGAACCAGGCAGAACCGGGCCGAACCGAACUGACCCGAACCGAGCCGAGCCGAGCCGAACGGAGCCGAGGCGAACCGAAACGGGCCGAACCUAACGGAGCCGAGCCGAAGCGAGCCGAACGGAGCCGAGCCGUGCCGAACGGAACCGAACGGAGCCGAGCCAUCCGUUGAGUGUUUACAGGAGGCUGCUGAAGAUGGGAGGCGCGGUGAGCGCGGGAGAAGAUAACGAUGAGUUAAUUGAUAACCUGAAGGAGGCGCAGUACAUCAGGACAGAGUUGGUGGAACAGGCAUUCCGAGCCAUUGAUCGGGCAGAUUACUACCUGGAAGAGUUCAAAGACAAUGCCUACAAGGACUUGGCAUGGAAGCAUGGAAAUAUUCAUCUCUCAGCACCGUGCAUUUACUCAGAGGUGAUGGAAGCUUUGGACCUGCAGCCAGGGCUGUCGUUUCUGAACCUUGGCAGUGGCACUGGUUAUCUGAGUUCCAUGGUUGGACUCAUCCUGGGUCCUUUUGGGGUUAACCACGGUGUGGAGCUUCACUCUGAUGUGAUCGAGUACGCGAAGCAGAAAUUGGACUUUUUUAUUAAAACAAGCGACAGCUUUGACAGGUUUGAAUUUUGUGAGCCAUCCUUUGUCAUUGGCAAUUGUUUAGAGAUUUCUCCAGACUGCACUCAGUAUGACCGUGUCUACUGUGGUGCUGGAGUCCAGAAGGAGCACGAGGACUACAUGAAGAACCUGUUGAAAGUUGGGGGAAUUCUUGUCAUGCCUCUAGAAGAGAAGUUGACUAAGAUAACUCGGGUUGGUCCUUCUGCCUGGGAGACGAAGAAGAUUCUUGCUGUUUCUUUUGCUCCUUUGAUUCAGCCAAACCACACAGAUUCAGGAAAAUCAAGGCUCGUUCACUUGCCCCCCGUGGCCGUUCGCAGCCUGCAGGACCUGGCUCGCAUCGCCAUCCGAGGCACCAUCAAGAAAAUCAUCCACCAGGAGGCCCUGAGCAAGGCUGGCAACGGGCUGAAGAACCCGCCCAGGUUCAAGCGGCGGCGGGUGCGGCGCCGGCGCAUGGAAACCAUCGUGUUCCUGGACAAGGAGGUGUUCGCCAGCCGCAUCUCCAGCCCCUCCGACGACAACAACAACAGCGAGGACAUGGAGGAGGAGAGGCCGGAGGAGGAGGAAACCAAACCCUCGGAACUAAAGCCAGAGCCUCCCGUAAACUUUUUGAGAGAAAAGGUCUUGAGCCUGCCACUGCCCGAUCCCUUGAAGUAUUACUUGCUUUAUUACAGGGAAAAGUAGUUUUCCUUCUUCUAGGAAGUGGGAAGUAGGCAGAGAAUAAAGUAUUCCUUAGGGCUUGA